UUUGACAUUAGGUCCGGGUUUUACCUCAGCUUUCUUUAUUCCUCCCGUUUCUUUCCCUCUUUAAUGCGCCCCGCCAGCCGCAUGUGUCUAUUUAUUUAUUUAUGCUUUCUGUCUGACAGUAUUUAGUUGUUUUAAGUUUUAGUCGUUCCUCCAAUGAGAAGGCGUAAAAGAUGGAGCUUCACAUUUUAGAGCACAGCUUGAAAGUGGCGAGUAUAGAGAAGGAGGGGAUCGAGGUUUGCACCCACGGAUUAAUUAAACUCGCCUUCCUGGCCUCCAAAACCAGAUGCAAGUUCUUCAGUUUGACAGAGACUCCAGAGGACUACACAAUCAUUGUGGACGAGGAAGGGUUUAAAGAGCUGCCGCAGUCAAAUCUCAUCAGUGUUGCUGAUGCCACAUGGCUGGCCCUCAAUGUGGUGUCAGGCGGCGGUAGCGCUUCCAGCUCACAACCCAUCGGAGUCACCAAAAUCGCUAAAUCAGUCAUCGCUCCACUAGCCGACCACAACAUCUCUGUUUUCAUGCUGUCAACGUAUCAGACUGACUUCAUCCUGGUCCGAGAGCGAGACCUGCCACUGGUCAUGCACACUCUGUCUUCCGAGUUCACGCUGUUCCGGGUGGUCAACGGAGAAACGGUCGCCGCACACAAUCUGGGAGUUACCAACGGAUUCGUGAAACCAAAACUUGUGCCCCGCCCCAUCAUCCACCCUCUGUCCAGCCCCAGCAACAUGUUCUGUGUGACCAGCCUGGAUCCAGACACGCUGCCCUCUGUAGCCACGCUGCUCAUGGACGUCAUGUUCUACUCCGGAGGGUCUAAAGAGGUCUCAGCGUCCGGCGAGGACUCCAGUCACAUCCGCUUCUUCUCCUUCUCCCUGAUUGAGGGCUACAUCUCGCUGGUGAUGGACGAACAGACGGCUAAGAGGUUUCCAAACAAUGUGCUUUUCACCAGUGCCUCUGGUGAGCUCUGGAAAAUGGUUCGGAUUGGAGGACAACCUUUAGGCUUCGAUGAAUGUGGGAUCGUGGCUCAAAUAUCAGAACCUCUGGCAACAGCUGACAUUCCAGCUUACUACAUUAGUACCUUCAAGUUCGACCACGCCCUGGUUCCGGAGGAAAAUAUCCAAAGUGUGAUCAAAGCCUUGCGGACUGAGAGCAGCGCACAGUGAGGAAACCAGCCGAACGAGCCUUUUCGUCCGUCAUUUCGUUCAAACAUGUUUCAUGCCCCAAAAGUGCCAAGAGCGUGUCGGUGGGCCGCUGCAGAUUAGCCCAGAAAAUAAGGAAGGAGUCUGAAAGUGAGGGAUGCCUCUGUUGCCAUCACUCUUCUUUCCUUGAGCCCCCUGCUGCCAGUUACUGCUUUAGUUUACUAAACUUGAUGUUUCUUUAACUCUAAAAGCUGCUUCCUUCCACUCCCUCACCCCUCCAGCACCAUACUGUAAAAAACCUACGCAAACCCUCCCAACGCAGAAUGAAAAUGUACUCUCCAUAUCGAAGAAAUAUUCAGCAAGCUCUCCAUCUUAGGGCAUUUUCUGAGUGCCAUCGUGGUUGAAUGCCCGAUCCGAUGCCUUGUUAGAGCGCAGCAGGUGUGCUGUGAAGGAGAUCCAGCCCGGCUGAGUGAGACGUUUUAUUUUAGUUUUUAGUCCAGAUUAAACUUCUUGAAGAACCAGCAGUGUUCUGAGCAUCUGAGUCCUUAACGCCUCAGGGUUAUUAUGGGAUGUUUAGACUCGUCACCCUUGAAGAAAGUCGGAGAUGUGCUUUGGGAUGUUUGGUGAAUUCACACUGUGAGCAGCCUGGCUGUUUGAAGUAGAACACCAAUUUUUCUCUUUCUUAGCAUUGAAGGCGACAUUUAUGAAGCAUUAAUGAUUGUAGAUCUGGUCUAAUUAGUAUGUAUUUAAACUUAAAUCAUUAAACAUUCUUCUAAUGUCGAAUGUAAA